AUGGCGCUGGUUACAAGCAAAAAGUUAUUGACAUUGGUCCUUACAAUAGACAAAGAUGGACACAGAGUUUUAUUGGGUAUGAAGAAACGAGGUUUUGGGGCAGGAAAAUUCAAUGGAUUUGGUGGCAAGGUUGAAAAGGGAGAAACCAUUGAACAGGGAGCUCGUCGUGAGCUGGUGGAAGAGGCAGAGAUCGAAGCUAUUGACAUGGAGCGAGUGGGCAUGCUCAUGUUUACAUUUGAAAAGGACCUUGUUGGGUUAGAGACACAUGUAUUUAUUACCACCUCCUACAAGGGCACACCUACAGAAACUGAGGAAAUGCGGCCCGAAUGGUACGCAUUUGACCAGAUUCCAUUUGAUCAGAUGUGGUCAGACGAUAGAUACUGGUUCCCAUUCGUUUUGAAUGAUCAACAUUUUAGUGGUCAUUUUCAUUUUGGAGAGGAUCAAAAGACGAUUCUCAAGCACGAUUUGAAUGUAGUUCAACAAGGCGACACAUUGCAACCAGGAUUUCAGCUUGACAAGGUUCACCUAUGA